ACCUAUCACAGGUGGAACAACAACAGUUGAAGAAACCACAAUGGAGACAAGUCCAUCUACAUCCACAACGCCACCUAAAGAGGUCACUUCUGGCCCCACGACCACUUCCAUCACUGUAAUUGUUGAAACCUCUACCUCAACAUCACAGCAAACAACAACAGGUGAAGACAUAACAGGGCCAGUUGUCAUUGGUUACAAUCCCACGACGUCAACCACAACAGCUACAGAGGUAACUACACCGACCACGCGUGGAACUACAACAGUUGAAGAAACCAGAACGGAGACUAUUGCAUCGACAUCCACAACGCCACCUAAAGAAUUCACCUCUGGCCCAACAACCACUUCCACCACUGUAAAUGUCGAAACCUCUACUUCAACAUCACAGCCCACAACAACAGGUGAAGAAACAACAGGGCCAGUUGUCAUUAGUUACAAUCCCACGACUUCAACCACAACAACUACAGCGGUAACUACACCUACCACAGGUGGAACAACAACAGUUGAAGAAACCACAACGGAGACAAGUCAAUCUACAUCCACAACGUCAUCUAAAGACGUCACCUCUGGCCCCACGACCACUUCCACCACUGUAAAUGUCGAAACCUCUACUUCAACAUCACAACCCACAAUAACAGGUGAAGAAACAACAGGGCCAGUUGUUAUUUCUUCCAAUCCCAUAACAUCAACCACAACUACAAAGGCACCCAUUACAACUACAGAGGUAAUUACACCUACCACAGGUGUAACAACAACAGUUGAAGAAACCACAAAGGAGACAAGUCCAUCUACAUCCACAAAGCCACCUAAAGAAGUCACCACAGGCCCAAUUACAUAUUCCACAACUGCUGAAGUUGUAAAUUUGACAUCACAGCCUUCAACAACAAGUACAGAAACAACAGAGCCAGUUGUCAUCACAGGCCCAUUAGAAACAACAAGAAAUCCUUCAGCAUCGCCACAAGUGAUUAUUACACCAACAUCACAAGUAGUCACCACCAGCCAGUGUAUGUGCUAUGUUAAUGGGACACAAUAUCUACCAGGGAACCUAGUGUAUAAUGUGACUGAUGGUUCAGGGUGGUGCUUCACCGCUUACUGCAAAGCAACGUGUCAAGUUGAAGUGGAAUCAAAUCCAUGUCCUUCCUCUACACCACCCACUGUUUCACCCACAACGUCAGAAGAGACAAUGACCACACCACCAACAACUCAAUCCUCCCCAGACUGCACUAGCAUUCAGCCACCAAGAAAGAAUGGAGAGUCUUGGCAGCUGAAUAGCUGUACCACAGCAAUUUGCCAGGACGGCAUUGUUGUCCAUCUACCAGUAAAAUGCAAGCCAGUGGAGCCACUACAGUGUGAGAAUGGUCGUCCACCUGUCAAGGUCUAUGAUUCAACUGGAUGCUGCUUUACAUAUGAAUGUGAAUGUGUAUGCAGUGGAUGGGGUGGAUCUCACUACAUGACAUUUGAUGGAGUAUAUUACAAUUUCCAGGAGAACUGCUCAUACAUCUUAGUGAAAGAAAUCAACUUCAAAUACAACCUUACCAUUAUUGUUGAUAAUCACUACUGUGGAAACGCCGACAGUGGAUUCUGUCCUCAGUCCCUUAUCAUUCACUACAAUUCCUAUGAAGUGAUUCUUACCCAGCAGAGAUCUGGUGAAACAACAGAAAACGUGGUAUAUGUCAACAGUAAACGAAUCUACCCAGCUUACAGAAUGGGUGACAUUGCUCUAACAAGUACUGGUGUGGAGGUCGUGCUGGAGAUCCCUGAUCUUAAGGUUCAGGUGUCUUACAAGGGGUCAUCAUUUAGCAUCAACCUUCCUUACUCCCUCUUCCAAAGCAGCACAGAGGGCCAGUGUGGUACCUGUGAUAAUUCCCAGAAGAAUGACUGCCAGUCCCCUAAUGGUCAGAUACAGAGCUGCUCAGUCGCAGCUAGCCAGUGGCUAAUUCCAAACCAGGACUGUCCAACUCCUCCAACAGCACCACCCGCAAGCACAUCCCCUACCCCCUGCAAGACAGCCGUUUGUGAAAUCAUGAACAGCAAGGUCUUUGAGGAAUGCCAUAAAGCGGUUUCUCCUGAUGCCUUCGUUCAGGCCUGUAGAUCAGAUGUCUGCUACAAUGCUAAUUCUAGCUGCUCUAGUCUGGAGGCGUAUGCAUCUGAAUGUGCAAAUAAAGGGAUCUGCAUUGAAUGGAGGAAGUUCACCCAUGGAGAAUGUGAGCAUACAUGCCCAGCCACUAAGGUGUACAUGCCAUGUGGUCCAGCAGUUGAACCAACAUGUAAUACCAGAUAUAAUGAGAAGUAUUUGAACAACCAAACCCAAAUGAUCAAUAAGACGAAGGAGGGUUGCUUCUGUCCAUCUAAAACCGUCUUGUUCAGCACCUACUCUGAUACUUGUGUGGUCUCCUGUGGCUGCACCGGACCUGAUGGCAACCCCCAAAUGCCUGGUGAUACAUGGGAGAGUGGUUGCCAGCAGUGCACCUGUGACAUGGACUCCAUGAUUGUCCAGUGCCAGCCUAUCACCUGCCCCACACCAGCCACACCCAUCUGCAAUGAGACUGGUUACAGACUGGUGAACAAGACAGAAGGCUGCUGCCAGAAAUAUACAUGUGAGUGUGAUGCACUGCUUUGCCCCAAAGUCAUGAUGGACUGCCAGCCAGGGUGGGAGGCAAUUAUAAGCACAUCCAACUCAAGCUGCUGUCCAGAGUAUACCUGUGUUCCUAAGGGUGUAUGUGUCUACAAUAACAUUGAGUACCAGCCUGGUGCUGAAGUUCCUAAAGGAACAUGUGAGAUUUGUAUCUGCAGCUCAACCAUGGAUCCUAGCACCAAGCUCAACAACAUUGUGUGCACAAAUAUCUCCUGCGACACUACAUGUUCACAGGGCUUCCAGUAUCAGGCCAUACCUGGUCAGUGUUGUGGGAAAUGUGUACAGACAAGCUGUGUGGUUAAUAUGCCAGAUAAGACCAAACACACUAUUCAGGUGAACGAAACAUGGUCACCACCUGGUGACAAAUGUGUGAUGUACACGUGUGACAAAAGUGAUGACCAAUAUAUACCAGUAGAGGUGAAGACUGUGUGCCCUGCAUUCAGCCCAGAGAUCUGUGUCCCAGGCACAGAAAAGACAGAUGCAAAUGGAUGCUGCAAGACUUGCACAGAACGCAGGAAUGUCUGUGAGAUGAAGUACACCACCACUAGCAUUGUCAUCAGUGGCUGUGUGACCGCUGAGCCUGUGGAGAUCAAUUCCUGCUCAGGAAACUGUGGAACCUCUUCCAUGUACUCAGCAGAGGCGAACAUCAUGAUGCACUACUGCUCCUGCUGCCAAGAGGCGACCACUAGCCAGAAAGAGGUGGAGCUGCUCUGCCCUGAUGGGUCAAACGUCAAGCACUCCUACAUCCACGUUGAGUCGUGCGGAUGUCAUGUCACAGACUGUGAUGCAAAAACGACCGCCACCCCGGGGACGACGAGAAAGCGCAGAAGGAGGCGCUAAACGUCUAGGGAGACAACAUGCACACUGAUAUAGGAAUUAUCCUCAUGACAUUGAAUGUUUUACUCCAAAUUUGUUUUCUUGUAACGUUUUACUUAAAUCUGUCAUGUCAGUGUAUUUCCACAAUCGGCAACACAUACUAUUAUGUUCUUAUACUUUCAUUGUAGAAUGAAUGUAUUUUCUAUGAUAAAUGUAGUGGGUAAUCUCUUUUCUCAUUUG